AUGCCCACGCCCCCAACCGGCACGUCAUCGCAGCCCCCACGCGCCUCGACCCGCGCUCGGCGCAACUACCAGGCCUGCCUGGCCUGCAAAGAGCAAAAGGUGCGCUGCCACCUCGGCUCGCCCGACGACCCGCAGCCGCCAUGCGCGCGAUGUCGACGCUCGCGCCUGGACUGCGUCUUCGGCCCGCCGCGAGCCGCCGUGCGCAGGCCGACCCGGAAGAGGAGAGGCGGUGCUGAUGACUCACUGGAUGCGGGCGGAGACUCUCUGCCGAACUCUGUGCCUUCGGUGGGCGUGCAUGCUCCCGCUGCGGCGUCGGACGACAGCGCUGCCGAGCCUGGUCAUGGCCGGCCUGCCGACGCGGCUUCCAGCAGCACCGCCACCGUCCCUGAUCAGCAUCCAAGCCCCUGGGAUGCGUCUGCCAUUGAGGCCUCGCUGCACUCGCAACACGUCUCCGCCUGGGCCCAGUUUGCCCUGUGCCGGGAUGGGUGGAUCAGCCCGCGGGAGGCCGAGUUUCUGCUGCAAUGCUACUUCGACCGGAUGAACCCUCUCUAUCCCGUCGUCGAUGAGACGUAUCAGCACUCCUCACGACGUCACGGCCUGCUCGUCGAUGAGCCCGUCCUGUGCACCGCCAUUCUCACCGUUGCUUCACGCUACGCCUGGCUCGACGGCACCCCUGCAAGCUCCCGAGCCCAUGAAAUCCACAGUUUCCUGUUCAAGCAGGCGCAGCAGGCCAUUCAUCAAUCUUUGUGGGGGAUUGAGAGCAUUGCUGAUCGGGAGAGCCGCAUUCUUUCCACCAUCGAAAGCAUAAUCUUGUUUGUCGAAUGGCGUCCACGACCAAUGGACAUCAUGCCCAACCAGGGGACGAUAGCAGGCGCUACAAACAUGUUUGGCGUAGAUGCUGCCGAUCCGGGGACCACCCAGAACUCUGUCAUAGAUGACGAAACUCGGAAAGCUUAUAUGCUCGCCCGACGUCUGAAUGCAACAUCUUGGCGACUUCUCGGCCAUGCCGUCAAUCUCGCAGACGAGAUAUCCCUCGUCGAAGGCCUCACCAGAUCCAGAGAAGCCCAGCCUCGUGCCCCUACCCAUGUCCGCCGUCGCGCCCGCAUCCGAGACUUGCUCAUCCCGCUCACCUGGGAGAUUGCCUUCCGCCUGGGCCGUAGUGCCUCCCUCAAGCUGCCCAUGCCGUCCGCCCCGACGGCCGACGAGUAUGCUGAUGAGGGCGUUUUCUCGACGCUGCUCAACAGCAGGGCUGAACUGUACCGUCUCUGCCGCCUUGUCGAGAACACUCUCUACUCGUCGGUCAGCGCCACCAAGGACAUCAUUACCAGCGACAGGCACCCGGAAGUCGUUGCGGCCCUGGUGGAUAUACUGACUGAUUGGUGGAACAAGUUCCAACGCCUGUCAGGGCCUUUUGCGUUCAGGAAGACGCUCGAAAUCCAAUAUUACAACGUUUGGACGUAUCUGCACGCCAUCUUUUUCCAAGCAAUACUGGAGCGGCUGCGGGGAUUCACGACCGGCGAGCCCAGCAUCCAGAAUUUCGAGCGCACCUAUCGGCCGGAAGGCUUGAGCAUCGCCGAAGUCCUGCGGUCGGAACGUAGCCGUCGAGAUCUUCACAUGACCGAAGAAAUUGCGAAAGCCAGCGUCCAGGUGUUAGAACGAGUCCUCGACCUUGAGAGAGAAGGUUAUCUGAGUUUCAUCCCAUUCACGACCAUGACAUGGAUGUUCACUUCGGCCACGCUGCUGUUGAAGGGAACCGGCUUACGCACAGCCGCCGACCUUGGCACCACGAGUCUCCUAAAACGCGUGUCGCAGUCUCUCGACCGGGCCGCAGUCGACGACGUGCAUGCAAUGUCCCACCGCACAUCGAGCCUGAUGUUCCUCAUCCAAAAGGUGCAGGCCGGCCCAGCCACAUCCCGGAACGCGGGCCGCCCGCGCAACAACAUCGACGACGACGACGCAAGCAAGGUACGGGCUGAUGCCGCACCGCAGGCGCAGCCUGUUCCUGAAGCCGCUGCCAAUUUGCCGCCAAUGAAUACUGUCGACGCUGGCAACCGCGACGCCACUCCGGGCGUAUUGCCGGGUUCCGGUGGGCUGUUUGAUCCGAUGCUUGCGGACGGCCUGGCCGAGGAUUGGGCCAACUGGCUGAGCGUCGGCCUCGACAACAUGGACGGCUCGUUCGGAUUUGACCUGUUUUCCGGUUCCGCAGCCGGAGAGUUCCCCGCACCGUGGCAGAGCUGA